AUGGGUAAGGGCGUCGGCGCAUCGACGGCGAUGAACCCCGUUCGACUGCAAUCUGUGUCGAAGCUCAAGAUUGCUGGGCCUCAUCUGCCUCACAGACUGCCUCUGGCGCCAUGCAGUGCAUGCGCGCUUGAGCAAGCGCUACGCGAAUGUAUGGACUUCAGCAAGAAGCAGCCACCCAAGAAGAAUAACAUCAACUACCAUCUCUCAAGGUUAUAUCCGAAAAUCAGGGGGCCGCAGAAGAAGGAUGGUGUACUGAAAUGA